AUGACCCGGCCCAGAAAGGGCCCGACCCCCGACCCUAGGAUUGAUGGUCUCUCUGAAGACGAAGAGGAACCGGAAGACGAAAGCGAUGCGGGAAUUGAAGUCGAAAAGGAAGGUGUCAAAAUUGAAGUGAAGAUCGAAGAAGAAACUCGGAGUUUCAAAGCAUCCAACACGAUCCAAGCUACUUCUGCUACAUCGAUUUUGGCGAGGCAAAGGUCUAAACUUCUUGUUUCUGCAGAGCGUCUGGAGGAGAGUGUGACUGUUCUUUUAAUCGGUGGAGGAGGGAGAGAACACGCUCUCUUUGACGCCUUGAAACGAUCAGCUUCUUAUGAUUCGUGCGUACCUGACCUCGACGUAUCAGACAGCUCGGCUGUGAUCUCCUUUUGUGAGAAAUGGAACGUGGGUUUAGUGGUUAUUGACCCUGAAGUGCGUCUUGUUGCUGGUCUCGCCAGUGACCUAGUUGAAGCCCGUAUCCCCACUUGUGGCCCUUCUUCUCAAGCUGCUGCUAAAUUUUUGAAGAAUCUUUGCCAAAAGUUCAGCAUCCCUACAGCUAAGGAUAAAACAUUUAGUGAUGCAUCUGCUGCGAAAGCAUAUAUUCAAGAACAAGGUGUACCAAUCGUAGUUAAAGCAGAAGCUUCCCGUGGAGAAAACGCCAUUGGAGAUGGAGACACUAUUGUUAGAGGAGAUCCUGAAUGUCAGGUAUUGCUUGCGAGCUGCUCAGGUGGAGAAAACGCCAUUCAUCCAGAAUCUGCUCAGGUCUACAAGCGUGUUGGAGAUGGAGACACCAGUCCCAACACAGCAGGGAUGGGAGCGUAG